UGGAGUUAAUAUACUUACUCGGACAUCAUCUAAGUAUAUUCUCUUAACAGUGAAAUAUUUCCUUUUUUUUAAAAAAAAUAAUUCUAUAAUGAAAAACACUUUGUCACGUAAGCAAUUAUGUGAGAUGGAAAAAAACAAGUUUGUGAAAUAAGAUUUGUUGUUUUGACCGGUGGAUACAAGUAAAUUAUAUCUAUAUAAAACAACUUAUUUUUGAGAUUAAUUAACCAUAAUCACCUAUGGAGAUUACACCAUUACUUAAGUUAAUUGUAAGAGUUCUCACGUUUGUUUUCCUACUAGUAUAUCUCAUCGUCCUUGCGAUUACCCAAAAUAUAAAUCGAAUUUUAACUUAUCGUUAUAUGCUCUUUACAAUUGUGAUUGGAUUUGUUCACACACUUGUACAAAUUGCCUUCACAAUAUUUCACUUAGCCUCAGGCCAAAAUAUUGGUGGACGUUUCUGGAUUCAUUUUGAGUUUUAUGGUGAUAAGGUUGCUUCACACCUACUAGCCACAGGAACUGCAGCAAGUUUUGGGAUUAGUCCUGUAGUUAACUCUGAGGAUCAAACUUUUCUAAACAAAGGAUAUUUAGUUGCCAGUAUUCUUUUAAUUGCUUUUUUGUUUUCUGCUAUUUCCUCUAUUUUUUCUUCUUUAAGCCUCCACAAUAGGAGUUGAUUAUAUUUUCCAUUUAUAUAAUUAAUUAUGUGUUAGGAGUACUUAGUUUGUCCCUAAGUUACUCAGACUCUUCGAUAUUAUUAUUGUAUUUUUGUCAGUUCCUCAAAAAAUAUAUUACUUUGAAGGAUCCAAUAUGUCGGGGAAGAUCUAGGUAAUUAGGUGUGAUUCCCCCGGAAACUCAAUAGCUUUUAUACCGAUAUUGUAUUUAUAUGGAGAAAUCUAUUAUAUAUAUUAAAAUCAUUUAUUGAAAAUUCAGGUUAAAA